AUGCCGGAUACUUAUUGGGACCAGCCCGGUCAGCGUACUUCGUGCAACUCGCGGGGUCAGCGGGGUCAGCAACCUUCACAGGCACAGCAGCCUCCGCAGGCACAACAACCUCCACAGGCACAGCAACCUCCGCAGGCACAGCAACCUCCACAGGCACAGCAACCUCCACAGGCACAACAGCCUGCGCAGGCACAGCAACCUCCACAGGCACAACAGCCUGCGCAGGCACAGCAACCUCCACAGGCACAGCAACCUUCACAGACACAGCAACCUCCGCAGGCACAGCAACCUCCACAGGCACAACAGCCCCCGCAGGCACAGCAACCUCCGCAGGCGCAGCAGCCUCCGCAGGCCCCUCUACCGCAACAGCCUCCACAGGCACCUCUGCCGCAACAGCCUUCACAGGCACCAUUGCCGCAGCAGCCCCCGCAGGCUCCUCGGCAGGUGCAAGCCGCGGCAGAGGACGAGGACGAGGACGAGGAGGCCGACCCAAAUGGGCAGGUGGCUCAGGGAACUCAGCAGGCCCAAGGCGGGCCAAAUGCGCCGCACGCAGGCAAUGCGGCGAGUGCUGCGCUUCCGCCAAAUACACCAAACCUGCCGGCUCCGCCGAACACGCCGAACGUAGUGCUUGUGAACGGGGUAAACGGGGCAGCCCCAGUAACCGGAGUGAACCAUGUUAACGGGGUGAAUCCAGUAGCCAGGGCAACCCCCCAAGUGAACGGGGUUGUCCAUGGACACGGCGUAAAUCCAGUAGCUAGGCCCAACCCCCCAGCAGACAGGGCUAACCUUGUUAACGGGGUAAAUCCAGUAGCUAGGGCCAACCCCCAAGUGAACGGGAUUGUCCAUGGAAACGGCCCAGCUAGGCCAACCCCCCAAGUGAACGGGGUUGUCCCAGCAAACCGGGCAAACCCCAGGCCCCCCGGGCUUGUCGCCGUAGGCGGGGCAAACGCGAUGAACAGUGGAGUCGACGCCCAAGGUGGUACACAAGUACGAGGUCCGUUCCAGCGGGUCGGACACCCGGACUACCACAUCCGCUACAUUCUGCUCAACGCGACCACGGCCUGGACGGCCAUCCGGUGGCUGGCCCCGGGCCCCGUCGACUGGCACGGGGCGCCGGUGGACGCAUUGAAUCUGGAGUUCCAGUUGGUGCGGCAACGGUUCCCCGACGCAGUGACGCUGCAUGGCAGCAUCACGCAGUCGCCAACAAUACGUCUAUUCCGCGAGGCGCGGCCCUGGGCCUUCGGCGUCGAAGACCCGAUCCGCGAUACCCGGGUGGUGGCCGAGAGUAGGGACCUGAACUUGAUGGAUCCCGCCCAUACCCGCCUGAUCCUUGAUUGGAAGCGUGCCAUUCCCACUAAUCCGCCGAGCAAUCGGUGA